AUGGGGAGAUGGCACAGAAACAACUUUGGUCACAUGGACAAGAAAAUCAUGAAGUUUAAGGAAGAGAUCAAGAAGAUUGAUGACAUGGUGGGUAAUAGGACAUAUGAUGGAACAGUGGAAGCAAGAAGGAGGACGUUAAUUACGUGCUGCAAGAAGUGGUAUGUGAGGAAAGAAUUACAUUUGAAGCAGAUGUCGAUGUCUAGCCAUGUGAGGCACAUGGAUAAAAACACAAGAUAUUUUCAUAACUUAGCUUCUGCGAGAAGGAGGAAUAAUGGGAUUGAUACUCUGGUUAUUAAUGGAAGAUUGAUAAGGAAUCAAGCGAGGAUCAAAAUUUCUAUCAGAGAGUUUUACAUGGAGUUAUAUCAUCAAGAGAAGUCUCCUACGGUGGGGUUCAGAGACGGGCUGGUGGAAAGGAUCGAUGAUGAGGAUGCUAUGGCUCUAGAGAGGCUACCAACUCCUGAGGAGGUUAAGGAGGUAGUGUGGGAUUGUGAAUCGUCUAAGGCUCCAGGAAGUGACGGUUACAAUAUGAAUUUAAAAAAGAAUUGUUGGGAUGAUAUUGGCUCUGAGUUCAUGGAAGCAGUAUUGGGUUUCUUCUAG